AUGGCAAUCAAGGUCGCAUCGGACUUUGGAGGCGGCAGCAGCGUUGUGGUGCGCGAUGAUCACCAACCAGAAGAGGAGUUCGUGUCUGGAAUCGAGGGCAACUACCCAAUCCAUCAGACCAUCUUCAAGGCUAUGCCCCCGGGCACCAAGAUCAUCUCUGCCGUCUCAUCUGGCGUGUCUGCCUGGGCUAAAACUGCCAAGGUCACAGUAAAAGAGCCUGAUGGCAGCCAGAAGAGAUACUUCCUCAAGGUCGCCUGCGGAUGGAGUGCCAAAGCCCUGUGUGAGGGCGAGUAUGAAUCGCAGCUUGUCAUUGAAGAGGCCGUAGGCCCUGGCUUCGGUCCAAAGGCCCGCGCAUGGGGAGAAUAUGACUACAACAACACUCACUACUACUUCUUCCUCGGCGACUUUCACGACAUGGACAUGGCCACAGCACCAGAGCCGGCCUCGUUUGUCGAGAAGAUUGCUAAUCUUCACCAGAGCAAAAGGUCACCCAAUGGAAUGUUUGGGUUCCAUUGCGCAACUGUCUGUGGACAGAUGCAGCGCACUGUACCGUGGGAGGAUACAUGGGCUGCCUCGUUUACCCACCUGUUGGAAGAUGUCAUCCGAUAUGACAACCAGGCCAACCCACCCUGGCCAGAGUACGACCGCGCCUGCAGGAUCGUCAUCAACAGGGUUAUACCUAGGGUCCUAGGGGCACUUCAAUCGGAUGGCCGUAUUCUAGAGCCUGUGUUGAUCCAUGGUGACAUCUGGGAGCAGAACGUGGGCAUCGACAUGGAAACCGGAGAGACUCUCAUCUUCGACCCCGGCUGCACGUAUGCCCACAAUGAGAUGGAGUUUGGUACCUGGAGAGGGUCCUGGGCCUCGUACUUCAACAAUCCGGUGUACCAGCGACUGUACCAAAUGCAUAUCCCGCCGUCUGAGCCAGCUGACGAAUGGGAUGACCGCAACCGCAUCUACGCUCUUCAUAUCAACAUCAACGAUUCUGCAGGCCAUCCAGGGAGUACAUCCAGACAAGUUGCCUAUAAUGACAUGCUAUUCCUCAUCGAGAAGUACUGUCCAGAGGAGCUCGAAGCGGACCCGGAGCUGGGCAAGUAUGACCCGCAGCAGGACAUCAGUGUCACAGGUGCUUAUGUCCCACAUAUCGUGCGUCAAUUAGAAUAG